AUGGCUUUAGACCUCAGAACCUGCUUUCAACGUGACACAUCCAGGAGUGAUCCUGGGUCAGAAAAUCUAGAAUCUGAACCCAGCCAAGGUCCUGGUGUCCAGGAGGGAGAGGGAACCUCUGAGUUCCAGGGCCCUCAGCUCAGCUUGUAUCGAACCAGCAAUGGCUCGUUUGCAAGGCAGGAAUUACAAAGACUCCGUAAGGUGUUUCAUUUGUGGCUACAGCCAGAAAAACGCAGCAAGGAAGAAAUGAUUUCUCAAUUGAUCCUGGAACAGUUUGUGAUGACCGGACACUGCAGAAACAAGUCCACUUUGAUAGAGAGAUGGAAUUCAAGUGGAAGAAACCUGGAGAAACUCAUGGAAGAUCUCACCGAUGAUUGCGUGAGGUCACCUAGCCUUGUCCACGUCCACAUGCAGGGGCAGGAGGGCCUCUUCUCGGAGAACAUGCCCUUAAGAGAAGUCGUUUUCCAUCUCAUGGAACAAAUACCAGCAGGAACCCCAAGAGGAGAGAGCAUGAGGGCACCCUUUCGGGGUCCCCAAGGUACUCCCCUUCAAACAGGACAAGGAGAUGGAUGUAGAGUCGGCAGCAACAUUUCCGUGAAAACCAACCAAGUAAAUGACAGCAUCACUAGUCGAAGCAAUCGAGUACCUUCCCUAGUUAUUCCUCAGGAAGAGGAUAGCCAUGAACCUGAAGAUAUGCAGAACUCCGGAAGAGCGGGGUUUGGCUCCUCCAGAUCCCAGGAAGGAUCGCCGGGAGGCCCCUCUUAUGAAGAUGUCCCUAUGGAAGUGGAUCCACAGUUUCUCCCCAGGCCAGACCAGGCCACUCCUGAACCUGUCCCUCCCCAAGCUACCCCCAAGCCUGUCCCUACUGACCAAAGCACUGAUGUAACAUCCAGGUGUGGGGCAAAUCAAGAAAGAGUCCACGGUUCUCCCAAGCCAUACAGAUGUGAGGACUGCUCCAGGGUCUUUAGGUAUCCCUCUCAGCUGGACGCCCACCAGAGAAGACACAGGAACGAGAGGCCAUUUGUUUGUGCCGAGUGUCACAGAGGUUUCUUCCAGAUAUCAGACCUACAUGUGCACCAGAAGAUUCACGCAGUGGAGAAGCCCUUCAAGUGCAGCACAUGUGAAAAGUCCUUCAGCCACAAAACCAACCUGCGGGCUCACGAGAGAAUCCACACCGGAGAGAAGCCCUACAUGUGCUCCCUUUGCAAGAGAAGCUACCGCCAGUCAUCCACGUACCACCGCCACGUGCGGAACCACCAGAAGAUUAAUCUCAAAAGUGAUCCUGCCACAUCAGAAGCUACUGUCCCCGCAUAAGAUGUAUUUUAUAAUUAUCUGGUGUGCCUAAUAUUUCUUACAAAGUGGUAAUUAUUUUAGUUAUGAGAUCAGAUAGAAUUAUUUUGUUCUCCACCUUCCUUUAUUGUGUGA